AUGGCUACGACUAUCACUGCCACAGUUCUACAAGGCCCAUUCAGUCAUUCGGCGUCUUCGUCCAAUCCGAUACUCUCUUGGUACGCUAAAUAUGCCGCCGAUUUUGCUCAUAACAAAGGUACCACGCCUCCAACAAAUUACUAUGCCUCGACAGCGACACUGGUGCAUACGGAUAACUCUACCAUCUCUGGCGCGCAGCAGAUCUGGGACUACUACAUCUCCUUGUAUGGGCAGUUUGAAAAGUGUAGCUACGAACUUAUUUCGGCAAUCGUGCUGAAUGAUGACCAAAGUGGGAAACAUACCUUGUUGGUGCAAGUUAAAAAUCUUCUACAUUUAGAAGGUGAUAGAGGGACUGUAACAGUUCCGCAAGCAUUUACGUACGAAAUUGCGAAGGCUGAGGAUGGGUCUGGUACCGAUGGAUUACAAAUCUGGCAAAUUAGAUGCUAUUUUGAUAGGGGAUUCUUGCAAAAGGCAGCCUCGGUAUAA